AUGCUGCCGACCACCGACGGCGCCUCUUCGAUCACCGUCACGGUCCGCGUGCGGCCUUUCACCAUUCGUGAAGCAGCUCAAAUCACCAAAUCCGACGAUGGCCCUCUCUUCCUUGGCGAUGGAUCGCUGGCAGGCGUGCCCACACCAAAGCUCAACCAAAAAGGGAUACGAUCCAUCGUCAAGGUGAUUGACGAUCGGUGUCUAGUGUUCGACCCUCCCGAGGACAAUCCUGUCCAAAAAUUCUCCCGCUCCGUUGUGCCCCAUGGCAAGCGUGUCAAGGAUCAGACUUUUGCAUUUGAUCGUAUCUUCGACCAGAGUGCCUCACAGGGUGAGGUCUACGAGUCGACAACCCGCAGCCUCCUUGAUAGUGUCCUGGAAGGUUACAAUGCCACAGUAUUCGCCUAUGGUGCGACAGGAUGUGGAAAGACGCACACCAUCACCGGAACAGCACAACAGCCCGGUAUUAUCUUUAUGACAAUGCAGGAAUUAUUCGAGCGUAUCGAUGAGCGGUCCGGUGAAAAGUCGACCGAGGUCUCGCUUUCUUAUCUCGAAAUUUACAACGAAACAAUUCGCGAUUUGCUAGUCCCCGGAGGAUCCAAGGCCGGCCUCAUGCUACGUGAAGACAGCAACCAAGCAGUGUCGGUGCCUGGUCUAUCGAGUCACCACCCACAGAAUGUGGCAGAAGUCAUGGAUAUGAUUAUGCGAGGUAAUGAAUGCCGUACCAUGUCUCCAACACUGGCCAACGCAACUUCGUCACGAUCCCACGCUGUCCUACAAAUCAACGUCGCACAAAAGGACCGAAACGCCGAUGUGAACGAGCCUCAUACAAUGGCUACACUUAGUAUUAUUGAUCUUGCCGGUAGUGAGCGAGCCAGUGCUACCCAGAACCGAGGCGAACGCCUUCUCGAAGGUGCGAACAUCAACAAGUCGCUGCUUGCACUCGGAAGCUGUAUUAAUGCGCUCUGCGACUCUCGCAAGCGGAAUCACAUCCCAUAUCGAAACUCAAAACUUACCCGACUUCUUAAAUUUGCUCUUGGUGGAAAUUGCAAAACUGUUAUGAUUGUCUGCGUCAGCCCGUCAAGCCAGCACUUUGACGAGACUCAGAAUACACUACGAUACGCCAACCGUGCGAAGAACAUCCAGACCAAGGUCACUCGAAAUGUUUUCAACGUGAACCGGCAUGUUAAGGACUUCCUGGUGAAGAUUGACGAACAGAUGAAAUUGAUCAACGAACUCAAGGCGCAGCAGAAGGACUCUGAGAAUCUCGCUUUUGCCAAAUUCAAGAAGCAGACCGAGAAGAAAGAUGCCGUCAUGCGCGAGGGUGUUGCUCGUAUUCGUAAUGCUUAUGAUCACUGUUUGCCGGACAGACAAGAAAGAACCAAUCACAUGCUCAAGCUCAGACAGAUUAGCCGCAGGAUCGGUAUUCUGUCCUCUUGGAUCGCAGCAUUCGAUACCGUGUGUGCCUCUCGCGAAGACGGAGAAGGAAUCGCCAACUUGUAUGCCAUUCGCAAAAGCGCUCAGGGUAUUCUCCUCGAAUUGGAAGGCAGCAGACAUCAUUAUAACCAGCGAUUAUCGAAGAGUACUUGGGAUCGAGCCAUGAAUUCGGCAGUUGAAAACGCCACAAAGCAACUUCAAGAGUUUGAUAUCAGCGAUGCGAGUGACUACGCCAACUUGGAUCGAGAAGCUGAGCUUCUCAAAGCCAAUGCGGAACGUGAGUCCUUAUCCGCGGUCGUGGAACAGGAUAAGGCUGGUGAAGCUGUUGCGGUGCAAUUGCUCCUCCAAGCACAAUUUGAGAUGAUGUCCUCAAUUGAAGAUAUCAUGCAACUGAAUGCAACCGAUGCCGUCCGAAAGGGACGCGUGAUCCUCGGAAAGAUGCUGGAAGACUGCUCAAACUCUGUGUCAAACCUCGUGAAGCCUGAUGGUAGCUUGCCCGCCAUUCCCACCAGUCCAAUCAAGGUAGCCAGCCCGUCAAAGCCAAAAAAGAGGUUCAGCUUAGUGAGCAUGCCGGCGCCGAUGAGAUCACUCCAGCCACCUGUUCAGAUCAUGCCGGCGGCCCCUCCCUCACCAACCAAGGGCUCACCGCGUCGUCGGAAGGCUGGCGUUGGCCGUAAAAAUGUCAGCUUCUCACCCAAGAAAUCGCAAUCUAAGCCACCUAAGAGAUCUGUCCGUUGGAAGGAUGACGAAGAGGACGCUCCUCUCACCGAGUUCCAAAAGUCGCCUCAGAAAACGGAAUAUGUGGAGGAAAACAGCACGCAAGAUUCUUUUGAGCCUACGCUGCCAAGAGGUGCAUCUCCGAUCCCACGGAACAUUCCGAGGAUCGUGAGUCCCUCAGGAAUCGCUUCGCCUGCUUCGUCAUCGGAUGAAUCAACCCUGAACAUCCAGAAGAACAGUAGUCGAUUCAAGGCGGGAUUCCUGUCCAAGAGAAUCAGCAGCGGUGGUAGUGGCAGCUCUCCUCUAGCACCUCCACCUACUUCUUCCCUUCCCCUAUCCGAGCGUGCGAACUCCCCACUUCGCGACAUUGAAGGCAGUAGUUUCUUGAACCGGGCCCCGGCAGAUCGCCCCUCCCGCAUUGCCGUCCGAAGCCCAAGCGGAAACUUUAUGAGCAGCCCGGUGUCUGAUAAUAAGGACAAUUGGAAGUCUGAUAAGGACGAAGCGAUCAAGAUUAACUCCGCUAUGCGCCGCAUCUCCAUUGGCCCUUCUGCCAACGCGUUGCGGGUUCAUCGUCGUCGCAGUCCUAGCUCCAACACAUACAGUAGCUCUCCCAAUGAGGGUAAUAUGUUCACUGCAUCCCAGGCUCGCCGUAUGGUUAAGAGCGACCGAGAGGUCGAGGCCAAGCCCCGGGUAUUCAGUCCGCAUACCCUGCCGGUCAUGAAGAACACUGGGCGUCGAACCACAUUGGGAGGAGAUGUCCGCCCCCGGCAUUCUAGCAUCUCAAGCAGGGAUGCCAUGCGGCUUACAGCUAUGGCUACGCCAUCAGUUGACCGCACUCCAUGA